GCCCGGAAUCAUCACUAUGAUGGAAUACGAACGCUACAUCACCAUCGUAUUCCUGUCGGCCUUCGCCCUGGUGGGAACUGUGGGUAAUAUUCUAGUUCUGUACGGCUUCACCAGGUGUCGCCAGAAGUUUACGUCUUCCCUGUUCAUCCUCACCCUAGCCGGAAUUGACCUGAUAUCCUGCGUUAUAACCAUACCUUCAACCAUUGCGAUGGAAGUUCUAAAUUUCAAUGUCACGUAUGAUAUCGUCUGUAAGAUCUAUCACUUCCUCGUUUCAACAACGAUUCCGUUAUCGGCCUUUGUCAUGGUUGCGAUCGCUGUAGACAGGUACUUCUGUAUCUGUAAACCGUUCGCUAAGGUGAUGACGCAUUACCGUGUGUGGAUCAUUGUGGCCAGCCUGUGUAUAACGUCCAUAUGUCUAGGCAUGUUGUCAUGUCUUAACUAUGGUGUCUACAAAAACCCAGACAAUGUGUACAACACCUUGAUAGACCGGAACCUGUCUAACACCGGAAUGAAUCAGGCUAUGGAGGCCCAGCUUCUGAAACUCCUUCGUGAACUUAGCACACAUGACAAAAACGAUUUGCUCACUGAGCCCGUCAACACGUUUAAAUGUCAGGAAUCCGCCAUGUUACUCGGAGAGGAAUUCUUUUCUAUUUUCCAGAAGAUUUACUCGUCCUUCUAUGGCCUAUCGUGUAUUCUUGUGAUAAUUAUCUACUCGGUCAUCUACAGAUUCAUACUGAAGCGGCGACAACGGCGCCUGCGCAUGGAGUCAUUUCCGUGUUGCACCUUCCGGGUUCCACACACUGGUGACAAUGAAAACACAGAGGUGAUGUACCUCAGUCAGGAAGCAUCCACGGUGGUGGAGGAACGUGAUAAAAACCAUAAUGCCGAAACACAACGGCAACUUGUCCGUAGUGAGAGUAGCGAACGAAACAGGGACAAGUUUAGUCUCGGUCAUGAAAAACAAGAACGCAUCCGGAGGAAUAAUAUAAAGACGGCCAUUAUGCUUUCUCUUGUGGCUUUUGUUUUUAUUGUGGCCUUUUUGCCGGCCUGGCUGAUGAAGCUAAGGCUUGUGAAUAUGAAUAUUGUCGUAUUCAACAUGUACUUCAUCUACAAUGUCAUUAACCCUUUCAUCUACGCGUUUAUGAAUCCAGACUUUCAGAUGCAGUUAAAAGAGGUUUUCCUUAACCUGUGUCGGUGAAACAACCCGCUACAUGUUUCUUUGUUUCAUGUUUGUUUGUCAGAACGAGAAAAAAUAUAUAGUUUUACUAUCAUUAUUCACUGAUAUCUAAGAUGAUUUAUUAAUGCUGAUUAUAGACUUUUCUACUUCUGUGGAGGCUACAGAGAAUGAUCUCUUUGGAGGUUACAGUGAAUGACCUUUGUGGAGGCUACAGAGAAUGAUCUCUUUGGAGGUUAUAGAGAAUGAUCUCUGUAUUUGACCUAUGUAUUUAUAUUCUGGCGUUUUGACUUUUAUCGCAACGAAAGUUGAAAUAUUUAUCUUUGAACAAUACAGCUGAAUACAAAAGUGUUAACUUUUAAAAUGGCAAUGAAAUUCUCCUGUAUAGAUACAUAUAAUAUCCAUGUGAUACCCAUGUGACACCCAUGUAAUAUCAAUGUAAUACCCAUGUGAUACCCAUAUAAUACCCAUGUGACACCCAUGUAAUACCCAUGUGACACCCAUGUAAUACCAAUGUAAUACCCAUGUGACACCCAUGAAAUACCAAUGUAAUACCCAUGUGAAACCCAUAUAAUACCCAUGUGAUACCCAUAUAAUACCCAUGUAAUACCUAUGUAAUAUCCAUGUUAUACCCAUAUAAUACCCAUGUAAUACCCAUGUGAUACCCAUAUAAUACCCAUGUAAUACCUAUGUAAUACCCAUGUUAUACCCAUAUAAUACCCAUGUAAUACCCAUGUUAUACCCAUGUAAUACCCAUGUAAUACCCAUAUAAUACUCAUGUUAUACCCAUGUAAUACCCAUGUGACACCAAUGUAAUCCUUUGUAGAUGGCUUUACAUGUAUGGCGAUAUCGGGGAUUGCAAUUUUAGUCAAAUUAAACAUACGUCAGGUUCACGUUGAGAGAUUUACAUGAGAUGAUUAUAGAAUAUUAAUUGAGUUUUCUUUUCAAUUGAGAUUUAAUUAAUGAAAGGAGCCUUAGAAGGGAUUUUUAUUAUUAUUUUUGCGAGAUUUAGCUAGCAAAAUUUAAAUACUUCCAAACGCCUUUCAUAAAAUCUAAUAAAAUGGAAACAUACAUGUAUUAAGAGUUUCGUCUUGAAAGGUUUUAAAGUCGAAAUGUGGAUAACUUAAUCAAACAGAGACAGCGCCUUUCAGAGUUACUGACGUCACGUCAUUGUCCAUAUUAUGACGUCACUAUCGAUUUCUGACCUGCGUAGCCAAUGAAAAACGCUUCGGAUAUAGUACUAUUAGUGGCAUAUGCAAAAAUAUUAGACGGACGACUUCACCGAAUAUCAGGAGUAAUAUAUGAUAAAUUACUGUAUCGGUGGGUAUGAUAUAGUAUAUUUCCGUUAGGCUGAUGCGAGGAUCAGAUCCCAUGUCUUCUUUGAAAUGAUUAAGUUUCUACGAUAUUUUUGGGUCCUAGCGUCCACGACCUCUUAGUUAUUGUUAACGAGAUAGGAUAAUUCAGAACAAUAAUCAUGAACAUAAAAAAUCUUGGAUUAUAAAGAUGUCACUUGAGUUAGAUAUUUUGCAGUCAUUAUAUCGCGAUGAAUUCCACUGGUCCAUACUCUGGUCUAACUGAACUGACGAUAUAUUCUAUCUGGUGUCUGUUGUUGUGUGCCGCAUUCUAGAAGCUGCACAAGGGACCAUUGUCCUAGCCAAUGAACUGCGUGAUGCUCUAGUCAGUUAAUUAAUCUCGAAAUGUUUCGUUGAGACGCUGGUCCCUAUGGAGGCAUAUCUUUUAAACAAGUGUUCACUAAUCAUAUCACCAAAGAUAUAUGAAGAACGCUGGAGGUCACGCUCCACCACUAGUUUGGCUGGGAUAAUGGACAGGGUAACCUAUUGCCAGACAACAGCCAGGAACAAAUUCUAAAUGUUUCCAUAAUCUGUGAUAUGUAUAAGACAGACUAUGUUCCCCAUGUACUCGAAGGUGUAAUUACGGCAGCCCUGAUAAAUCUUUCCUUUAUUUCCUCACUACUCAGUCUUUCAAUUACUUGUUUUCGUUUAUAGCUGACUCCUUCGCACCUGUCUUCAUAAGCCCGAGUUUCCUCUGGUCCUGACACCAUGUCUGGUGAGCCCGAGUUUCCUCUGGCCCUGACACCGUGUCUGGAGUAGGGCCAGAGCGCACUACUAUAUGUAUGUAUGAAAUUUCCAAUAUUUCGGAAUAGGUAAUCCGCAAUGGGUAAAACUAUCGGUAAAACAAAUAUUGCACGACCUGUUUUUUACAAGAAUUUACUGGUGAAGUUUUUGAUUCCUCUAAAUCUGUUUUUUUUUUUAUAGAAUAUAUAAAAAUAAUUCUGACUUUGAAAAUUAUUUAGAAUUAUUAAAUGAUAAUAAGCGAAUGUUAUUGUGUUUUAGAACUUGUAAUCAUAAAUUAAUAGUGGAAACUGGGAGAGGGUAUAACAUCGAAUACCAAAAUAGAAUGUAUCCUUAUUGUAAUUUACAUGAAAUCGGUGAUGAAUUUCACUAUCUAUUGAAAUGUUCUUUUCUGAAUACAGAAAGAAAAUCAUAUUUAGAGUAAGUAUGUAUAUGAAUUGCCAAAUGUUAUUAAAUUUUCAGAAAUA